ACCAUCGGCGCCUUGGACUUCCUCUUCUGCACGCCCCUCAUGCUGCUCUUCAGCCUGACCCUCUUCCUUAGAGUCAAGUGCAGCUCCCAACACUUCCGAACAGGCAGGCUCUUCACCGUCAUCAUGCUCACCGUCCUCUUCUUCCUCAUUUUUGCUGUGCCUCUGAGCAUCCUGAUCCUCCUUGACUUCUUGGGCUACAAAUUUCUCUACUCCCCCGAGAUUGGCUUUGUGCUGUCCUGCGUGAAUAGCACUCUCAACCCUGUCAUUUACUUCCUUGUGGGGAGCUACAGGGAUCGGCGAAUCAAGUUCACCCUCAGGCUGGCAUUCCAGAGGGCUUUUGAAGAUUCAGCAGAUGACAAAGAU